AUGCACUUCUUCAAGACUAUCGUUCUCCUCCUUGCUCCCAUCGCUCUCGCUGCAGAGACCGUCACCGCGCCUGCCAUCACAGUCACCAAGACUAUGACCCUGGUUCCUUCGGGCUACACCCCUAGCACCUCGACUCCUUGCCCAACCUCAACCUCGACCUCAUUCUCAACUUCUACUCCUCUGCACACCAGCACUCCUUACACCUCGAGCCCGAGCGCUACCCCCAGCUCCAGCUUCACCGUCAAGCCCAGCUCCACCCCUCUAAUCAAGGCUACCACCGCCCCCAUCGAGGCUCAGCCCACCGCUGGCUCCACCGAAGCUACCCAGGCCGCCGCCGCUUCUGCCGCCGCUUCAUCCCCCGCGUCUGGUUCCGCCUCGCGCACGCUCCCUGGCGCCGUCGCUGGUGUCCUUGCUGUCGCCGGUCUGCUGAUGGUCUAG